UUCUGUUUUGAUGGCCUGCCCAUUUGAUCUUUCUGCUAUUUUUAAUAAAAAUUUACGUUUAAUGUUUAAACAUCCUCUCUUUUAAUCCCCAUCGUCUCGUAGUCAGAUUUCAGCAGUAAAAACUGAAAAGAGACGAAAAUAGAAAAAAGGUAUCAGACUUUUUAAAAUCUCAAAGGAGAGCUCCUACAGUCGAGUUCAAUCUCCCGCGCGCUCCUUUCCUGCAUAUAUUUUCAUUCGAAGAAGACUAGCCUUCUACUCUCUCAAACAAACUGUCUGUCUCUCCGAUGGAGGCUCGACUCAAGAUGCGRAUUUCUCGCAUGUUUCGUUCUUCAUUUGGAUCUUGUAAGCCUCGAAACAUAUCGGAUGUUAUCGAAAGGCCGAUUUUCGUAGCUCAAAACAGCCGAGACUUUCAUCUGCUUGAGCCUUCGUCUCCUAAGGUUCAAAUUUUUCCAUCUAUGUGUAGACCCAGAUGGUCGGAAACAAUGGAGGUGGCGUGGAACGAGAGUGUCGCAGUCUCUCCAAAGGAGGUGUUACAGAGGUCGAAGGUAUCGGAACAUGGCCCAUGUUUCGUGUCGGGUGAUAUGGGAGGAAGAACAUGUCCUCCUGCGUCACCCACUUUGCCUCUGAAUUCGUUCUACAGUUUUGAGGAAUUUCAACCAAAGGCGAGAAAGAAAAGAUCGAAGAAGACUAGGAAGACCCACGGGAAGUACAAGAAGAAAGAGAGUUUCUACCAUCUCAGCUCCUCGUCUGCAGAAACUAAUGGUGGUGGGUGGUUCAGCAGUGAAGACGAACUAGACGACGAGACAGAGACGUUUUUCUCCUCGAGGAGCUUCUCUUCUGAUUCCUCRGAGUCUCGUCACCUAAACAAGAAGAGUUCUCGCCGGAGAUCAGAAGCCAGAGCUGAACGGAGAAGAGCAGUGAGCAAGAAUUCCGAUAUGGGAUACUGUACGUUUUCCACUAGGGGGAAAGUGCAGGAAAGUUUCGCAGUAGUGAAGCGCUCCAGCGAUCCUUACAGUGAUUUCAGGACAUCAAUGGUGGAGAUGAUCAUCGAAAAGCAGAUAUUUGCAGCCAAGGAUCUCGAGCAGCUUCUGUAGUGCUUUCUGUCAUUGAACUCCAUUCAUCAUCACAAAGUGAUCGUCGAGGUCUUCUCAGAUAUAUGGGAAGCUCUGUUCUCUAACUUAUCUUGAAGAAAUAUGCUAUUUCGUCUUGUUAUAUUUAGAUAUCUGAGAAAGUAGCUAGCUUUUCUCGUUUCUGCUGUUAACUCUUGAAACUCUAACUGUUAUUGACUAUGUUAAUGGUACUCUUUCUGGUUUUUCGUCUCAAACCUUUGAUGGGUUCUUUUUCUUACUUCAUUUUCAUUGUUUGUUUCUUUGCUUUCUGUUCCUCCUUCGAUCUGAUGGGGAUCAGUUAAAAAAAAAAAGACAAAGCAGACGAGGAGCUAGCUGUUUUGCUUCUAAAGACUGAAAUGAUAUUUUGUUGCAGUUUUGAUAGAAAUAGUUGAGAGAAGAAUCGACAACAGUUAUUUUUGGAUCCUUUUGUUUGAGAAUUGAGAAGGGCUUUCCAUGGAUGGAUGUACCAUCGGAAAAGAAGUACAGAAGCGACGAAUUGAUCCAGAGAAAGUGUUUCUAGCUGCUUCAGUUGCUUGUGUGAUUGGAUUCUGAUUACCUUUACAGUUUACACAAUAACUCCACACUCCACACAAAAGAGAUGGAAAACAAUGACAGCCACAGUGUUAAUUCUCCUUUUCUCUCAUCAAGAUGCUCUUUUUUUUUUUUGUUUCAAGCUCAGAUCCUUUUUUAAUGGUGUUAGUAAUUAGUUGCGUUCUAAUUAAGUUUUUGUUUAUUUCUGGUCGGUAGUCCUCUCUGUUGUUGUCUUGUCUUUCAUCAAAAGCUCUGAUACUUGUGACUCA